CACCCUAUAGCAAAAAAAACCUCUCCAAAAAAAAAAAGAAUUCCUCUGGAUUUGUUCAAACCAGGGAGCAGGCUCAGCCUACCAGUCUCCCCAAGUCAAGGCUGAGGGGUAUGGAAGAGGUGAUUUUGAGCCCGGCGUGUUGGGGAGCAGUUGGAGGCUAAGACCCAGGAAGGAGCGCUCACGAACUUCAUAGGGUCCAACUCCUCAGGACCAGCCUUCGGCCUUGAUAUGACCUGAUUCAGCGAAACAAAGCUGGGGAGCGCUGACAAGACGUGGGGGACUUGUCGGCUCAUUGCCCCCGAGGUAACCAUUAAUCCCUCCUCUGGGGGAAUCCAGGGGCUGCUCCCUUGGAGGGGCAGAUCCUGCACAGAAUGGAGGAACACACGGAGGCCAACGCGACCCCAGGGCUGGGGGACCAGCGAGUCCUCAUCGACAAUCCUGCUGACAUCCUGGUCAUUGCCGCUUACUUCUUGCUGGUCAUUGGUGUCGGCUUGUGGUCCAUGUGCCGAACCAACAGAGGCACCGUUGGCGGCUACUUCCUGGCAGGACGAAGCAUGGUGUGGUGGCCGGUCGGGGCCUCGCUCUUCGCCAGUAACAUCGGCAGUGGCCACUUUGUGGGACUGGCAGGGACUGGUGCUGCAAGUGGCUUGGCUGUGGCUGGAUUUGAGUGGAAUGCGCUGUUCGUGGUGCUGCUCCUCGGCUGGCUCUUCGCGCCGGUGUACCUGACUGCGGGCGUCAUCACCAUGCCGCAGUACCUGCGCAAGCGCUUCGGCGGCCAUCGCAUCCGCCUCUACCUGUCGGUGCUCUCGCUUUUUCUGUACAUCUUCACGAAGAUUUCGGUGGAUAUGUUCUCGGGGGCGGUGUUCAUCCAGCAGGCUCUGGGCUGGAACAUCUACGCCUCGGUCAUCGCUCUCCUGGGCAUCACCAUGAUUUACACGGUGACAGGGGGGCUGGCAGCGCUGAUGUACACGGACACCGUGCAGACCUUCGUCAUUCUUGGGGGGGCCUUCAUCCUCAUGGGUUACGCCUUCCACGAGGUGGGCGGGUAUUCAGGGCUCUUCGACAAAUACCUGAGGGCAAUGACUUCGCUGACGGUGUCCGAGGAUCCGGUGGUGGGCAACAUCUCCAGCUCCUGCUAUCGACCUCGGCCCGACUCCUACCACCUGCUCCGGGACCCUGUGACCGGGGACCUGCCGUGGCCAGCACUGCUCCUGGGGCUUACCAUCGUCUCGGGCUGGUACUGGUGCAGCGACCAGGUCAUCGUGCAGCGCUGCCUGGCGGGGAAGAGUCUGACCCACAUCAAGGCCGGGUGCAUCUUGUGCGGCUACCUGAAGCUGAUGCCUAUGUUCCUCAUGGUCAUGCCGGGCAUGAUCAGCCGCAUCCUGUACCCAGACGAAGUGGCGUGCGUAGUGCCCGAAGUGUGUAAGCGCGUGUGCGGCACCGAGGUGGGCUGCUCCAACAUCGCCUACCCGCGGCUCGUCGUGAAGCUCAUGCCCAAUGGCCUGCGCGGACUCAUGCUGGCGGUCAUGCUGGCGGCGCUCAUGUCCUCGCUGGCCUCGAUCUUUAACAGCAGCAGCACGCUUUUCACCAUGGACAUCUACACGCGCCUGCGGCCCCGCGCAGGGGACCGGGAGCUUCUUCUAGUGGGACGGCUCUGGGUGGUGUUCAUAGUGGCAGUGUCGGUGGCCUGGCUCCCCGUGGUGCAGGCAGCACAGGGCGGGCAGCUCUUUGAUUACAUCCAGGCAGUCUCCAGCUACCUGGCACCGCCCGUGUCCGCCGUCUUCGUGCUGGCGCUCUUUGUACCCCGCGUGAAUGAGAAGGGUGCCUUCUGGGGACUGAUUGGGGGCCUGCUAAUGGGCCUGGCACGCCUCAUCCCAGAGUUCUCCUUCGGCUCGGGGAGCUGUGUGCGCCCCUCGGCAUGCCCAGCGCUCCUCUGUGGCGUGCACUACCUCUACUUUGCCAUCGUGCUCUUCGUCUGCUCUGGCCUCCUCACCCUCAUAGUCUCACUGUGCACUGCGCCCAUCCCGCAGAAGCACCUCCACCGCCUGGUUUACAGUCUCCGGCACAGCAAGGAGGAACGGGAGGACCUGGACGCCGAUGAGCGAGAAGACCAGAAUUCACUCCCCAUACAGAAUGGGUGCCCAGAGCAUGCAGUGGAAAUGGAGGAGUCCCAGCCCCCAGCGCAAGGCCUGUUCCGCCAGUGCCUGCUCUGGUUCUGUGGAAUGAGCAGAGGUGGGGCAGGCAGUCCUCCACCCCCUACCCAGGAGGAGGCGGCUGCAGCAGCCAGGCGGCUGGAGGACAUCAGCGAGGACCCGAGCUGGGCCCGGGUGGUCAACCUCAAUGCCCUGCUCAUGAUGGCCGUGGCCAUGUUCCUCUGGGGCUUUUAUGCCUAAGCCAACUGUGCUGAACACCAUGAGCCAUAGCUAGGGCAGGGCUCAACCUCAAAUUAGUGGGGUAGGGAGCCUGCAGUGGUUUCUAGAAAGGAGAAGGGCAGGGGUGGGAGUGGGAGUCCCUGGAUCCUCUUCUUUCUGCCUUAUCUCUGCCGGGGGCCCAGUCCAUCUCAUUGGCAGGAACUUCCCAUGGAGCCUUGGCCAACCUGCCAUAGCAGUUCUCUAAGCAAAAAUAAAGC